AUGUCGGUAUACAAGCAAGAGGAUGGGCAUGGAAACAGUAUUAUUUACAUGGAUACGGACGGGUACAUAACUAGUACACUCGGAAACCCGGAAGAGGGCGCAAACAGAAUACGCAAAAUGGCAAGUUUUAAAUGUCGACCGGAUGACGUAUUCAUUUGUGCGCCAAUGAAGUCAGCGGAAUACCAAAGUUGGUUUGAGUACGUUCUUGAAUGGGAAGAGUUAAUGGCAAACAAUCCUGAACUCCCUGUACACCUGAUAUAUUAUGAAGAUUUGAAAGAGGAUAGUCUGAAAGAGAUAUGCCGUUUAGGGAGAUUUCUUGGUAUAGAAGAUAAAGAUGGACUAUUUGAAGCAAUUAGUGAGAAAUGUCAGUUUGAAAAUAUGGUGCAAGAUAAACAACAGUAUCAAGCGCCGGACGGGGCUUCUAUUGUAGAUGGGUUCACGUUUUACAGAAAAGGCGAUAUUGGAGACUGGAAGAACUGGUUCACUGUCGCCCAAAAUGAAAUGUUUGACGAGAUCUACAGAAACAAGAUGAAAGAUUCAAAGCAUAAAUUUAGAUAUAGCAGAAAAAAUAAAAGCUGA